UGAGGUCCUUUUUGUCCCCUACUGCUUGCGGUGUCUGUUUCCUCGCGGAAGUGGUGACGGCGAGACACAAAGAUGGCGACGACUGUGGUGGCGCCGCCUGGUGCAGUGUCUGAUCGGGCCAACAAGCGCGGCGGGGGGCCAGGAGGCGGUGGCGGCGGCGGGGGAGCCCGAGGUGCGGAGGAGGAGUCUCCGCCGCCCCUCCAGGCGGUCCUGGUGGCCGAUAGCUUCAACCGCCGUUUCUUCCCCAUCUCCAAGGACCAGCCUCGGGUCCUCCUGCCUCUGGCCAAUGUGGCGCUAAUUGACUACACUCUGGAAUUCCUGACUGCCACAGGUGUACAGGAGACCUUUGUGUUUUGUUGCUGGAAGGCUGCUCAGAUCAAAGAACAUUUGCAAAAAUCCAAGUGGUGCCGCCCAACAUCCCUCAACGUGGUUCGGAUAAUUACAUCAGAGCUCUACCGAUCGCUGGGAGAUGUCCUCCGUGAUGUUGACGCCAAAGCCCUGGUGCGCUCUGACUUCCUCCUGGUGUACGGAGAUGUCGUCUCCAACAUCAAUGUCACCAGGGCCCUCGAGGAACAUAGGUUAAGGCGGAAGCUAGAAAAAAAUGUGUCUGUGAUGACAAUGAUCUUCAAAGAAUCAUCCCCCAGCCACCCGACUCGUUGCCAUGAGGACAAUGUGGUAGUGGCUGUGGAUAGUGCCACAAACCGGAUUCUCCACUUCCAGAAGACCCAGGGCCUCCGACGUUUCUCUUUUCCUCUGAGCCUGUUCCAAGGCAGUGGCGCUGGCGUGGAGAUUCGGUAUGACUUAUUGGAUUGUCAUAUCAGCAUCUGCUCCCCUCAGGUGGCUCAGCUCUUCACAGACAACUUUGACUACCAGACUCGAGAUGACUUUGUGCGAGGCCUGUUAGUGAACGAGGAGAUCCUAGGGAACCAGAUCCACAUGCAUGUAACAACUAGGGAAUACGGUGCCCGGGUCUCCAACCUGCACAUGUACUCUGCUGUCUGUGCCGAUGUCAUCCGCCGAUGGGUCUACCCUCUCACCCCAGAGGCAAACUUCACUGACAGCACCGCUCAGAGCUGCACUCAUUCCCGGCACAACAUCUACCGAGGGCCCGAGGUCAGCUUGGGCCAUGGCAGCAUCCUGGAGGAGAAUGUACUCCUGGGCUCUGGCACUGUCAUUGGCAGCAACUGCUCUAUCACCAACAGUGUCAUUGGUCCUGGCUGCUGCAUUGGUGAUAACGUGGUGCUGGACCGGGCCUACCUGUGGAAAGGUGUUCAAGUGGCUUCUGGGGCGCAGAUCCAUCAGUCUCUGCUCUGUGACCAUGCUGAGGUCAAGGAACAAGUGACACUGAAGCCACACUGUGUCCUUACUUCCCAGGUGGUAGUGGGCCCCAACAUCACGCUGCCUGAGGGCUCGGUCAUCUCUUUGCACCCUCCAGAUGCAGAAGAAGAUGAGGAUGAUGGCCAGUUCAGUGAUGAUUCUGGGGUCAACCAAGCAAAGGAGAAAGCGAAGCUGAAAGGUUACAAUCCAGCGGAAGUAGGAGUUGCAGGCAAAGGCUACCUCUGGAAAGCUGCUGACAUGAACACGGAGAAAGAGGAAGAACUGCGGCAGAGUCUGUGGGGACUCACAAUCAAUGAGGAAGAGGAGAGUGAGACUGAAAGUGAGCGAAGCAUGGAUUCUGAGGAGCUGGACAGCCGAGCAGGCUCCCCCCAGUUGGAUGACAUCAAAGUGUUCCAGAAUGAAGUCCUGGGAACACUGCAGCGGGGCAAAGAAGAGAGCAUUUCUUGUGACAAUCUCAUCCUGGAGAUCAACUCUCUCAAGUAUGCCUACAACAUAAGCCUAAAGGAGGUGAUGCAGGUACUGAGCCAUGUGGUCCUGGAGUUCCCACUGCAACAAAUGGAUUCCCCGCUGGAGGCAAACCGCUACUGUGCCCUGCUGCUUCCUUUGCUCAAGGCCUGGAGCCCUGUUUUUAGGAACUACAUAAAGCGUGCAGCCGACCAUUUGGAAGCAUUGGCAGCCAUUGAGGAGUUCUUCCUGGAGCAUGAAGCUCUUGGUACUUGCAUAGCCAAGGUACUGAUGGGUUUCUACCAGCUAGAGAUCCUGGCUGAGGAGACGAUCCUGAGCUGGUUCGGCCAAAGGGAUGUAACGGACAAGGGCCGGCAGCUGCGCAAGAACCAGCAGCUACAGAGGUUCAUCCAGUGGCUAAAAGAGGCAGAAGAGGAGUCAUCUGAAGAUGACUGAAGUCACAUGCUGCCCGCUCCUGGGGCUCUGAGUCAUUGUCCUCCUGGUUCCUGGGCCAGGACAAGUGCGGAGCUGGUUGUGGAAGGAUGAGUGACCACCGUCCCGUGACCCAAGGAGCAGAGGCUGGAACUACAGUAUUCACACUGCCAGCAACCAUGUGCCUCCCGUCCCAACUGGGGCACUGGGAUGAGGGAAGUCAGACUGGAACAAAGCAUCUGCCUAGGGAGGAGCUGGGCAGGCCUGCGGUUGGAGGAAGGCCAGAGGAACCUGUGUGCUCGGGCUCUCCCUCAGGGAACAGCAGAGAGCAGCUGGCCUCUCUGCUGCUUGUAUUUGUUAAUAUUAAAAAAGAGAG